AAACAACGCUUCACUAGAGCGGAGUUCUACUACUAGUAUAGGUUACUUCAGGAUUUGGAAAAUACUUCAAGAAUGGGAAAAAAAAAAUAAUAAGCCCACGCAAGGAAAGCGUGCUUAUAACGAUAAAAGUGAGAUUGUGCUAAAAAACGAAAAAUUUGAGGGAUAUUACCGUAAACAAAACAUCUUUGGUAGCAAAAGCGAUUCCGAAAAUGAGUUUCAAACAUUGAUAGAAUUCCUAAAAAAGCCUUUACCUACGACUUUUCGAAUCUGCGGUUAUUUGCAACAUGCUUUUGAACUAAAGAAGCAUUUCGAAACACACUAUAUCCCCCGUCUCCAGAAUGUCGAGUUUGAAGGGAAAACGAUUCCAGCUCCUCAAAUUAUCCCUUGGUAUCCAAACCAACUGGCUUAUAGCAUUGACGCUCAAAAAGAUAUUAUUCGUAAGAGUCCACCUUUCAAGCGCCUCCAACGCUUCCUUGUAAGUGAAAACGAAGCCGGAAACAUCAAUCGUCAGGAGGCUGUUAGCAUGCUACCACCGUUAUUUUUAGACUUGUCUCCGCAUCAUCUGGUUUUGGAUAUGUGCGCUGCUCCUGGAUCUAAAACUGCCCAAUUAAUUGAAGCAAUCUACAACCAAGCACAUGUGAAAGACGCCGUCCAGGACAGUGCUAAUCUCAGUUCUCUUCAAGGGCUUAUCAUCGCUAAUGACGCAGAUCCUAAACGUGCUCAAAUGCUUGUACACCAAAUAAAUCGUUUGAACUCCCCGAAUGUAUUAGUAGUAAAUCAUGAUGCGUCAACUAUGCCGAAUAUAUUCGUCCCUUCUUCCUCGUCGAAUAAACUCAACGAGAAAGAAAUCUUGAAAUAUGACCGCGUUUUGGCUGAUGUACCCUGUUCUGGAGACGGCACAUUUCGUAAAAAUCUUUCUCUAUGGAGGGAUUGGACUGCAACUAGUGGUCUGAGCCUCCAUCCCCUUCAGUUGAGAAUCCUUAUCCGUGGUCUUCAGCUUUUGAAGGUUGGUGGUUAUAUGGUUUAUUCUACUUGUUCUAUGAACCCUAUCGAAAAUGAAGCAGUAGUUUCCGCUGCUUUGAAGGCUACAGGUGAAUCUAUAUCUCUUGUAGACAUCACGGAGAAGCUUCCGGAACUGAAGCGCGAAUCCGGUCUAUUUACUUGGAAGGUGAUGGAUGACACUCUUCAGGAGUACAAUACUCCUGAAGAGUGUCAUUCCGAAAACAUCACCCUUACUUCUACAAUGUGGCCUUUGUCAAUGGAUGAAAUGAAGGCACAACACAUUGAACGAUGUGCACGUAUCUAUCCUCAAAAUCAAAACACGGGAGGGUUCUUUAUCGCUAUGUUGAAAAAGGAAAGUCCCUUACAGGCGAGUAAAGUUGAUAGUUUAAAGAGAGAUGAAGCACCGGAAGCUAAACGCCAAAAACUCGAUAUAGAAGUUUCUGUACCAUCUCCCGCUCCUCAUCCUACUACCAAGACUGGUAAUAACUAUUUUGAUGAAGAACCAUUUGUCUAUAUUAAGCCAGAUGAUGAAAGCAUUUCUUCUGUUUCUAAUUUUUAUGGUUUAGAUCCCAAGUUUCCUCGUGACCAAUUUUUCGUUCGUAAUCAAAGCGGUACACCUACAAGAUCUGUAUAUUUUGCAUGCUCCUUGUUCAAGAAAAUAAUAGAAAAUAACAUCAACCGUGUCAAAUUUGUUCACGGCGGAGUCCGUUUUUUUGUCAAGCAAGAUAUCAGCCCUUUACUAAAAAGUAACCCGUCGUUGGAAAUUAACAAGGAUGUUUGUAAUUUUCGGAUUCAUAGUGAUGGUGUUAAUAUCAUUAGCCCAUAUCUAAACGAGAAAUUCUUCUGCGAUGCCAAUCUUGAGGACCUAAAGAUACUAAUGAAGAAUGAUUAUCCUCGUUUAGAGCAGUUUCCCGAAAAUGGGAAAUUGAAGGCCGGAUCCGAGAAAAUGGUUUUUGGGUGUAACAUAGUCAAUGCACAUGCCAAGAUUGAGGAUGGAUCAUACACUGAUAUGCGCAUUCUGCUGCCUGUCUGGCGAAGCCCGAAUAGCUGUAAUUUAAUGCUUGCCAGAAAAGAAAAACAGAAUCUAGAAUUGGAAUUGUUUGGAAUAGAUUAACUAUACAGGUUUUGAAUAAAAUAAUAGUUUUGGUU